AUGGAAAUGGACGUUGUCGAAUACAGCCGCCGUGACCUGCCAACUUCGCCGCUUCUGCGUCUACCGUUGGAAAUCCGGUUUAUGAUCUACGAGUACCUACUGUUACCUUCGCCAACGCCGUGGACGGGCAGUGGAAUCUCGAUUGGCAAUCUGGUGCCGGAUUUCCAUACGUAUUACUCGGAAGAUACGAACAAUGACCCUUUUACGCUGAGCGUGCGGACGAUUGAUCCCUGGCUUGGGGUCCAGGGGUCGAGGGCGUGGAGGCGGAGGAGUAUGUAUCAUAUUCGAAGUGGCCCCUUCCUAGCCAGCUCAACCCCCACAACCUACCGCGUCCUCCUCUCCCCAUAUACCGCACACCUACGUUACACCGUCCCCUCCCUCCUCGCCCUCAACCAGCAAAUCCACGCCGAAGCCUCGAAAAUCCUCUACGCAACCUACAACUUCUCCUUCCACACCAGCAUCGAAGCCGCAAUCCCCUUCCUCAACGACCUCACCCCGAUAGCACGAAGCCACAUCCGCCACCUCAGCUUCACCAAGAAAGCACUGCCGUACACCCAGGAAGUCGACGGUGCGGAAUGGGCACGAUUAUGCGACUACAUUGCCUCGCACCACGCCGCCGCAUCCCACGCCUUCACAAACCCGACCCCCUUCACAUCUCCUAUGCCAUCAGGCCAGCACGACAGCGCACUGGGGUUCCAGCUGCACACCCUAGACCUCAACAUCAUAGCCGGCAAGCCUGAUUUCGGCUGGCACGAGGACACUGCGCCCGUGACCGCCUCUGAUUUUCCCGCCCUGAUGCGCAUGCGCAAGGAGUGUGGGGAUGGGCGGCCGAGCGGUGUGGAUUUGGAGUGGGUGCAGCAGUUGAUGCGGAUUCGGGGGCUGAGGGCGAUGACGGUCAAGGCGCUGGUGGAGCAUUGUGCAAGGCCGGUGAGCGAGGAGAUGGGGUUUUGGGUGGCGUUUAGUAGGAGUGUGGAGGAAGGGGGUUUUGGGGAGUGGGUUGCUGGGGUUAUGGUCGGGUGA